AUGACCCCCUACAAACUGCCUCUGGAUAAAACUUUGCGCCUCGGAACCCCGCAAAAUAUUAGCCGGAGGCUGGAGGCGCGCCGGCGUGAUUCCGACCGCGGGAGCCUGGAGGAGGAGCCCGAGGUAGCUGCGGGGUGCUCCAGCCCAGGCGAAGGAAGGGCAAGAGGCGGUUCGGACCCGGGGCGGCGCCGGGAGACAUCCUCAUCAUCCGGCGGAACAGCUACGAACCGCCAAGCUGACCCCCUCUCAUCCCUUGGCCAGAGAAGGGGGUGCUUCAAGACCCAGGAUGGGCGGGAAGGGACCGUGGGGAGCCACAAGUCUGCACCCAGGCGGGGAGAAGGCGGGCGGGAGCCGCUCCGCAGGCGCAGCGCCCCUGAGCCCAGGAGCCAAGCAUGCUGCCCCCGCGUGCAGCGCCCGCGUGCACCCAGCCCGGAGAGGGGGCGCCGGGCGGAGGCGGUAGCCCCCGGAAGGUGUCUGGGACCGGACCGGCUGCACGUGAGCCCAGCGCUGGGUCAUGUGCACCGGCUCAGCCCGGUUCGGCGGCUGGACGUGCUGCGUAUCAACAAAAUGAAACUCAGGACGACAGGAGGGCAGAUAGCUCCAGGUUCUCCGAACCCCCGACCCCAGACGCUCGGCCUCCCCCCGUACCCCUCUCCCGCCGCAGCCCCUCCAACCGGCCGGAGCCCGCGGGGCAAGUUGCAACCUCCUCGCGCCCCCGCCCUCCCGCGCCCCCUCGCCGGCCCAGGGGCGCUUUGCCGCAGUCAUUAAUAAAGAAGGUCGCCAGGCUCACCCUUCCAAAAGUUGUUGUUGCAUGCGCCCC